UGGAGACGGGACACUUCCUGGAAACGCGGCUGGUCGGACGGUGGCUGUGAGAGGACAUUGCGCGAAAUGCGGAAAUGAAGCGAAGAAAAACGGAAAGCGAAGAGGAUUUUGACGUGGAUCAUGAUGUUUUGGACCAGAUUCUGGAUCAGCUGUAUGAUUUUGGAGAUGGACCAGAUAACAAGCGAUCAAAGAAAAAGCAUAAAAAGAGAAAACAGAUGAAUCAAGAAGAAGAGCAAGAGGAGGAGCAUGUGACGGCAGCGCAGGAAGAGAAUUUAAAAAAGAUCAGUUGUAAAAAUGACCAGACAAAUCAUGUGAGUCAUGUGACCAGCACCGGCGUCUCGGCUUCGACACCCGACGCCUCCGAGCAUUUAGGAAGGAAAGCGUCGGCUGUGGAGGUCGUCACGUUUCAGGAUCCGCGGAAAAAGAACAGAUUAAAACGAGUUAAAGCUGAAAUCAAGCCAGCUGAAAGGAAAGAGAAAAAGGAAAAAGAGCCGGAUGUUUUAAGCAUGGAAAAGGCUCGGCUGGACGUCCACCGGUUCGGCAUCACCGGAUUCCAGAAGCAGCAGCAAAGAGUGUUUGAGCAGGACAGAGCCAUCAUGCUGGGAGCCAGGCCUCCAAAGAAGGCCUAUGUCAAUUAUAAAGUGUACCAGCAAACGAUAAAGGAGAAAAAGUCGAAAGGAAAGGAGGACGAAGCCAAAGUGGAUACGCAGAUAAAGAAGAAGAAAUCGCCUGGAAAGCAAAAGAACUUCAAACGCAAAUCCGGUUCUUCGGGCGCAGAACCGACGGGCCACGUGGGCCGCUUCAAGAACGGCAUGCUGGUCCUGAGCUCGAAGGACAUGCAGAAGUUAAACAGGAAAGUGAAAAAGUGAGCGGAAGAGGAAUCCGAAGAAUUGUGCUGCUUAAACAGAGCCGGAUCUCCACCAGUCACUUUUUUUUUUUUUUUUUACCUGUGGUGCAUGAUGGGUAGAGAUGAACAGUUAUGGCAGGAAUCUAUCACAUUAUUUGAUAUGGACUCACUGAUACUCGACAGUAUCGUAUCACGAUAUCGAUACAUCGUCAUGUUGCCAAGACUUUACUACGGGGGCAUGAGUUUUGUUAUGUUUUUUUUUGUGUCUGUGUGUGUAAACAAACAGAAACCCUGACAUAAAGAAUGGAAAUGAAACCCUGAGACUUGUUUCGCUCAUCACAGUUUUACUCAUUUAUGAAAACGAAAAAAGAAGAAAGACAAUGCUGUUGUGUUGCACGCUGUAAUUACAAUGCAGUCGUGAUGCCACACGGAGGUACAAAAACGUUCACAUUGGCAGGAGAAGGAGUAGGAAAAAAAACAUACGCAAUAAAAGAAUCACAGCACCGCAAACUCAAACACAGGAUUGUAAUUCACUGCACAGAUCAGAAGGGAUGAACUUGGUUUGUUUGCAUGGCAGAGAAACAGGGUGCGUUUUGACCUUUUUACAUGACGCACACAUCGUCUUGGUUUGAUUUCUGAUCGUUUGUUAUAAACCAAGAUCUUUGGAUCCUUUGAACUAUCCCAUUAAACAAGCUGUUGAAGGAGUAAUCAGCGAUUCUAACCCAAUAC